UCUCUCUGUCUGAAAACGACUUUCCUCUGUUCCCCCAAUUCUUCUUCUUCUUCUGCUUCUUUCUCUCUCAUCCUCUCACAGUCUCCAUUUUCGAGGCUUACAUUGAUUCACGAGAGACGAUAAUUCAUUUACCUCUCUCGAUCGGUUCAUUGCGUAAAGCUCAUUCUGUUCUGUUCCUGGUUUCAGAAUCUGUCUCUAUAUCCAGAAUUAGGCUCUGUUCUGUUUUUAUCUCUCUCUAAUAAAGUUUUAUCCUUUCUUCUCUAAAACGACAAUUAAUAGUGUUUCAAAAAGUUUCCGAAGUCCACUCUCUCUCUUGUCGGAUUCUGGGUUUCGUCUCUAUCUCUCUUUCUGAUGAUUCAUCAGAUCGGAAAUUUCAUCUCCGUUUGAAAAAUUCCAUUUUUCUCUCAAUUUCUUCACCGGAGAUCCAAUCGCCGGAAAAAUGGGAGGAUUGCUGCAUCUCUUCGAUUUCCAUAACAACAGUUUCUCCCGGAAAGUUUUCUCCCAUCACAAAAGCCGCGAUGAAGAUCUGGAAGCUCCUAGGAAUAGCUUCGAGCUUCAAGUCGACAAUUUUCACACAUACCAUAACGAGAAAGAUAAACCGCAGAGUUAUGGAUUUGAAGAAGAGGAAUGGUACGAGAGAAGCUGUUACCCAAUUGAGGAAUCAAUGAAGAAGAAGAUCAUCGAGGAGCUCUCAAAACGUUCCAACGAUAAACAAAAUUCGCCGAGUCUUGUAGCUAAGCUGAUGGGAAUGGAUGCAAUUCCUUUUGAGUCAACUAAAUCAACGGCUUGGAUCAAUCCUCGCCAGACUACUAAAGCGGAUCAAUCAGGUGGAAAAAGAAACAAAAAGGGGAGGUUAUCAUCAUCAUCAUCAUCAGUGAAUGUAAUGGAGACAGAGGAGAUUAAUCCACCAAUGCGUCGAGAACAUCCACAAGAAGAGGAGCUUCAAAGAUUCAGAAGAGAGUUUGAAGCUUGGCAAGCUGAUAAAAGGUUUAAAGAUUGUUCAAGAAUCGUUGAUUCAGGCUGCGUGGUGGCUCGUGAAGACAAGGAGAGGCUUUUCACAAGAACUAGGAGCUUUGGUCGAGAUUUUAACUUGAAGUCAGACAAGAAAGCUCCUACAAGGAUUGUGGUUUUAAAACCUGGUAUUCAGAGAGUAUAUGAUUACGAAGAUUCGUUAACUACUUCUUCAGGGACGACCAUUGAAGGAAGCAGAGGAAGCAGCAUUGAAGAGUUUCUUGAGGAAGUCAAGGAGAGGUUGAAAGGUGAGCUUCAAGGAAGAGCUCUCAAGAGAAGUUCGUCAGUGAGAGGAAGCGGAAUCGAGACUCCUUUCAGCGAAAGACCAUUUCCGAGGUCUGAAUCGAUGAGAUCAUAUGCAGCGAGCGAGGUUCAGUGCAAUGCACCAGACUCUCCUCAAGAGUUUAUAAGUAGAGAUACAAGAAAGCUUUUGGCAGAGAGACUUAGGAAUGUUUUGAGAAAAGAGAUGAGUCCUUCAGAUGAUUCUGCGAUCAAAUGUAGCCGUUUGCGACCUACUGUAUCGGAUGCAGAGAGCUUGCGGAAACAAACUGAGGAAAUCAAUGAAGAAGACUCGAGGGAAAACAGAAACAUUCCUAAGAAAGAUUCUUCAUCACCAAGAAAUCUCAAAAGAUCACUAUCUGCUCCUGUCUCAGGGACAUCAUUUGGUAAGCUUCUGUUAGAGGAUCGACAUGUUUUGACAGGCGCGCAGAUCAUGAGAAAGCACGAGGCUGUAAUAACAGAGCGAGAUGAAACAGAAGCAGAAACAGAACCAGCUGUUGUUGUUGAUCCAAUCAGGAGGAAAGAAAGAUUUAAUCUCAGGAAAAAAGUUUCCAGCUUUAGAUCAACUCUUAGAGGAAGAAUCUUUGGUAAGAAGAUACGUUCAAUGAUCGAAUCAAACAGUUUUGAGGAUGAAUCAAUCAAAGAUUUUGUGACGGGUUCAAGGUUUAACAGCUUUUACGAUCGAAAUGAGAAUUCAACAGAAGUGCCUCCAAGUCCUGCAUCAGUCUGCAGCAGUACACCAGAAGAGUUCUGGAGAAAUGUUGAUUAUCUCAGCCAGAUUUCGACACCGGAUGUGACUGUCUCGGAUGAGAACGGUAUGCCUCAAGUCUUCAGAGACAUCAGUUCCAAUCUAAGUGAACUAAGAAGGCAGAUAAAUGAGCUUGACUCCGACAUACAAGUGCCAACGCCUUUGGAAGAAGAAGAGGCGGCUCGAGAGAUUGAGAACAUUGUUGAUUUAGGAAAUCCAGAUAAAGUAUUUGUUAGAGAUCUUCUUGUGGCUUCUGGUUUGUAUGAAGGAACAACAGAUAGAUCAUUGUCUAGAUUCGAUCCAUUUGCAAAGCUUAUAAACAAGUCUGUUCUUGAAGAAAUAAAAGAGAAUUUCAAGGAGAGAAGCAAUCAGAAUCAAGGAGAAUAUGAUAGCAAAGAGAGUAGUAGAAGUGAAGACAAUCAUAACAUACUGUUUGAUCUUUUGAACGAAGUACUUACGGUGGUGCUUGGACCAUUGACAAAGUCAGCUUUCAAGAAGAGAUUUAUGAGCUCGUGUGUAUCUGAAUCAACGUCUAUACGAGGUAAAUAUCUGUUGGAAUCAACUUGGAGGAUCAUGUCGGAGUAUUUAUAUUCUCAGCCUGAGAAACCCUUUUGUUCAUUGGAUGGGAUCAUUGGUUGGGACUUUGAGAGGUCCCCAUGGAGUGGUUUGAUAGGUGAAGAAGUUAUUGUGUUAGGGAGAGAAGUUGAAGGUAUGAUCAUGGCGGAUCUUGUUGAGGAAGUUGUUAAGGAUCUAAGAACACAAAUGGUUUAAAGAUCAGAGUUAAGAUAUUAAGCAGAGCUGAUUGGUUUGGAUUGGUUAAUGUGAUUGGUUUUUUGGUGUGUUUCUGUAAAUAGGGUUUUUCAAUGGGGUGUUUUUUUUUUAAGAGGCGAGUUUCCACGGUGCCUGUAAAUGUUUACUUGCAGUACAGGGAAGCUAAAUUCUUCUCAUUGCUACAUAAUUUCUAUUUUAC